GGGGGGUCCUGUCCGCUGGCGCACGUGGCCGCGCCCCCCGCCCCGCCGCUGCCAUGUUGGUGCUCUUCGAGACCGCCGCUGGCUACGCCAUCUUCAAGGUUCUGAAUGAGAAAAAGCUCCAAGAAGUUGAUAGUUUAUGGAAAGAAUUUGAAACUCCUGAAAAAGCAAACAAAAUAGUAAAGCUGAAACACUUUGAAAAAUUUCAGGACACAACAGAAGCACUUGCUGCAUCCACAGCUCUUGUAGAAGGCAAGCUCAGCAAGAACUUGAAGAAAAUUCUCAAGAAGAUAGUGGCAAAAGAUGCCCAUGAACAGUUGGCUGUAGCAGAUGCCAAACUUGGAGGUGUCAUAAAGGACAAGCUGAAUUUGAGUUGUAUACACAGCCCAAUGGUUACAGAGCUGAUGAGAGGAAUUCGCUCACAGAUUGAAGGGCUUAUUACAGGCCUCCCUUCUCGAGAGAUGGCAGCUAUGUGCCUGGGUCUGGCGCACAGCCUUUCCCGAUACAAGUUGAAAUUCAGCCCAGACAAAGUAGAUACCAUGAUUAUCCAGGCAAUUUCACUUCUUGAUGACUUGGACAAAGAACUGAAUAACUACAUCAUGCGCUGUAGGGAAUGGUAUGGUUGGCACUUCCCUGAACUGGGCAAAAUCAUCACAGAUAACCUAACGUAUUGUAAAUGCGUGCGGAAAGUUGGAGACAGAACCAAUUUUGCCUCCUCUGAUGUUUCUGACAUCCUACCAGAGGAGAUCGAAGAGGAUGUGAAGGCUGCCGCUGAGAUUUCCAUGGGGACAGAAGUAUCAGAAGAAGAUAUAAACAACAUAAUCCAUCUUUGUGAUCAGGUGAUUGAAAUCUCUGAGUAUCGGACACAGCUGUAUGACUACCUGAAGAACAGAAUGAUGGCCAUUGCUCCUAAUCUCACCGUCAUGGUGGGCGAACUGGUUGGAGCAAGGCUCAUUGCUCAUGCAGGUUCCCUCUUGAAUCUGGCAAAACAUCCAGCUUCAACAGUUCAGUUACUGGGUGCUGAGAAAGCACUCUUCAGAGCACUGAAGACUAAACGGGACACACCUAAAUUUGGCCUUAUCUAUCAUGCUUCCCUAGUGGGACAAACCAAUACCAAAAACAAAGGAAAGAUUUCUCGAAUGCUGGCAGCUAAAACUGCCUUGACUAUUCGUUAUGAUGCCCUUGGAGAGAAUACCAGUGCUGAAAUGGGAGCUGAGAACAGACUAAAAGUAGAGACGAGACUGAGGCUUUUGGAAGAGAGGGGGAUAAGAAGAAUAAGUGGCACUGGAAAAGCCUUGGCCAGGACAGACAAGUACCAAAACAAGAGUGAAGUAAAAAUAUUUGACCCAUCUGGUGACUCUACACUUCCUGCUGUUUCAAAGAAACGCAAAAUUCAGGAGGUGGAAGAACAAGACACAGAGGUUGCUGUGAAAGCAAAGAAGUUCAAAGCAGAGAUGAAAGAAGACACAACUGUAGAAGAUGAUGAACCUGUCAAAAAGAAGAAAAAGAAAAAGGAUAAGGAAAAACAAGCUGAAGAAGAGGAGGUACUGAGUGAGGAACACCCCACCAGCCCCACAGUUGAGAAUACAGAGAAAAAGAAGAAGAAAAAGAAGAAAAUGAAAGAUGAGGAUGAAGACUGAUGAGGAGCAGGGGGGACAUUGGACAGCUGCUUCAGAGUAGCAUUUCUUGACAUAAUUUCUUUAGCCUCUUGCUGAAAACUGUAACUUCCCUGUAUUGCAAGAGGGCAAGGAGAUGGAUUUGAUAGCUGUCUUCUGCCCUGGAACAGGAUACCCCAGUGUCUCUGCUACUUAGGAGGAUUGCUGGUUUUUUGCAGCUUCUUUUGUUGAAAAGCUCACAAUAGAUCCUCUUCUCAUAUGCAAUCUCCACUGAUAAAGAAUAAAAACAUUUUUAUGGAGAUUUUAUGCCUCUGUCUUUAAACUUGUUUGCUGGUUUUCUAACCAUUAUCAGGACUAUUUGUAAGAUUUAUUGUUUUAAAUGAAUGAUCAGCAAAAAAAAUUUCUAAAUGUGUAAAUGUUCUGUUGCAGUUUAUUCUCUAGAGAAUUCAAAGGCUGUAAUAUUCCUAAGUUCUCUAUAAAAUUGAUACAAAUAUCUGCAUAAUAUCAAAGAUGUGUUCAACAGCUGAGGUGUGUUACUGAGCGCGCUGUAGUUCUCCUGAGAAAUCCUUUUUAAAUCAUCUUUCAAACAUUUUGGUUUUGCUGCACUGACUGACAUGAUUCAGAUGCGUGUUUU